GCCUAUAAAAGAGUCUGGGUCGACUCAUAGACAGACACUCUUACUUUCAUCCCGAACCUUUGAUAUCGGAUUGGAAAGGAAGGCCUGAAUUGAAACAUGCGUGAGUGCAUCUCUGUUCACGUCGGACAAGCUGGCACCCAGAUUGGCAAUGCAUGCUGGGAGCUGUACUGUCUGGAGCACGGGAUCCAGCCGGACGGCCAGGUGUCCAGUGACAGGGUCCCUGGCGGAGGAGACGACUCCUUCAAUACCUUCUUCUGCGAGACGGGAUCAGGGAAGCACGUGCCUCGGGCCAUCUUUGUGGACCUGGAGCCCACUGUGAUUGAUGAGGUGCGGACAGGCGCCUAUCGCCAGCUCUUCCACCCGGAGCAGCUCAUCACUGGAAAGGAGGAUGCUGCCAACAACUACGCCCGUGGACACUACACCGUCGGCAAGGAGGUCAUCGAUUUAGUGCUGGACCGCAUCCGCAAACUGUCUGACCAGUGCACUGGUCUUCAGGGCUUCCUGGUGUUCCACAGCUUUGGUGGAGGCACUGGAUCUGGAUUCACCUCCUUGUUAAUGGAGCGUCUCUCUGUAGACUACGGAAAGAAGUCCAAGCUGGAGUUUGCUGUUUAUCCAGCUCCCCAGGUGUCCACUGCAGUGGUGGAGCCCUACAACUCCAUCCUGACCACCCACACCACCCUGGAGCACUCCGACUGUGCCUUCAUGGUGGACAAUGAAGCCAUCUACGACAUCUGCCGAAGGAAUCUAGACAUUGAGCGCCCAUCCUACACCAAUCUCAACCGUCUAAUUAGCCAAAUCGUGUCCUCCAUAACAGCCUCCCUCAGGUUUGAUGGAGCCCUGAAUGUGGAUCUGACGGAGUUCCAGACCAAUUUGGUGCCCUACCCUCGUAUCCACUUCCCCCUAGCCACCUAUGCUCCAGUCAUCUCUGCUGAGAAGGCUUACCAUGAGCAGCUGUCUGUGGCUGAGAUCACAAACUCCUGCUUCGAGCCUCAAAACCAGAUGGUGAAGUGUGACCCUCGUCAUGGUAAAUACAUGGCCUGCUGUCUUCUUUACCGUGGUGAUGUGGUUCCCAAAGAUGUAAAUUCUGCUAUUGCCGCUAUCAAAACCAAGCGCAGCAUCCAGUUUGUGGACUGGUGCCCCACUGGCUUCAAGGUGGGCAUCAACUACCAGCCCCCCACUGUGGUGCCUGGUGGAGACCUGGCCAAGGUGCAGAGGGCCGUGUGUAUGCUGAGCAACACCACCGCCAUCGCUGAGGCCUGGGCCCGUCUGGACCACAAGUUUGACCUGAUGUACGCCAAGAGGGCCUUCGUGCACUGGUACGUGGGGGAGGGCAUGGAGGAGGGAGAGUUUUCCGAGGCCAGAGAAGACAUGGCCGCCCUGGAGAAGGAUUAUGAGGAGGUGGGCACAGACAGCACAGAGGAUGAUGAUGAGGACGGCGAUGAAUACUAAGUGUGUACUGCAAAGAUUAUCACCUUCUGUCAGUCAAUGGUUAGCUAAACUGGAUGUAUUUGAGUUGUUGUUUGUAUACAGAAACAACGCUGUACUGAACGCAUACUUCAAGUUGUUAUUUUGGGGUUGGGGGAAAAUGAAUUUAUUCAAUUUGUAGAAAUAAAACAAAGCAAGAAGAAAGUAAAAAAAAAUACAGUUCAUUCUUUUAGAUGAACUAGUUGCGCAUAUUGCUUGUGUGAAUACAUUUUUCAUUACAUCUGUUGGUGUUCUGACUUGCCAAAGCACUAGAUGUGCCCUACAUUUCUGCCUGUAAUGCUUCAUUGAAACUGAACCACUACAUUUAAAUGAGUGAAAAAUAAAGAUCUUUGAGAGCCCCAA